GGAAAAGAUAUCAAUGUUAUACUACGUGUCCAUCAAUUUUUUACAAAGGUAAUAUAGAUACUUUAUUUCUUUAUUUAUAACGAUAUAUUUAGAAAUGGAAUGAAGUGAGUGGCAUAUUUCGUCCCCACAUCAACAAUUCCUUACAUCCAUUUCCAAUCUCUGCUAGCGUGGCGAAAUAGCAAGCCGUUCGCUCAGUCCACAUACUGUAUACAAGUCAACCAAACUUCAUUUACUCAUUCUCCCCAGUUUCCACUCCAACCAAAGCCAAUUCUGAAAGGUUAAGCAAUUUUCAGAAUUUCAACCCCUUCGUCCACCGUCCAAUUUCUCCGCAGUAAUUUUCUUAGAUUUUUCCCCUCCGACCAUGAAUUAUAGUCAAAAGUUGCAGUACUACCAGUAGUGGCUUGCUACCAUUAAUUUCUUGAACCACCCAUAUAAAAGACAGGUAUAUUUGGCGUGUCUUUUCUGUUUUCUUGAUCACUCUCCGACCGGUCUUCAAACUUGAACCUGCGUUCUUAAGUUUGAGAAAAGAUGGCUCUUUGUACACACGCACUCCCUGGGAAUUUGAGCCAGACUGGGGGUUUGGAUCUUCAAAAGCUAAGAGCUUUUGGCUCUCACCGGUUCAACGGAGCAGAUCCCCAUCUUCAGUUCCGGUAUAAGCCCAGUCAGUUCAAGAGAAGGUCAGGUGGUGUUCAAGCUUCACUGGCAGAGAAAGAUGAGUACCACUCGCAGAAACCACCAACUCCUCUUUUGGACACUAUUAACUAUCCAAUUCACAUGAAAAAUCUGUCUCUUAAGGAACUUAAACAACUUGCAAAUGAGCUCCGCUCGGACGUAAUAUUUAAUGUUUCAAAGACUGGGGGUCACCUUGGUUCCAGUCUUGGUGUGAUUGAGCUGACAGUGGCCCUUCAUUAUGUCUUCAAUUCCCCACAAGAUAAGAUACUAUGGGAUGUUGGUCAUCAGUCCUACCCUCAUAAAAUUUUGACUGGUAGAAGGGAAAAGAUGCCAACAUUGAGACAGACUAACGGCCUCUCACCUUUCACUAAGCGUUCAGAAAGCGAGCAUGAUUGCUUUGGAACUGGCCACAGUUCGACCACCAUCUCUGCAGGCUUAGGAAUGGCGGUGGGAAGAGAUCUAAAAGGAAGAAAAAACAGUGUUAUUGCGGUCAUAGGUGAUGGUGCCAUGACAGCAGGCCAAGCUUAUGAAGCAAUGAACAAUGCUGGUUACCUGGAUUCUGACAUGAUUGUCAUCCUUAAUGACAACAAGCAAGUCUCUUUACCCACUGCUACUCUAGAUGGGCCCGCUCCUCCUGUAGGAGCUCUCAGUAGUGCUUUGAGUCGGUUACAGUCCAACAAGCCUCUAAGAGAAUUGAGAGAAGUUGCUAAGGGAGUUACAAAGCAGAUCGGAGGAUCGAUGCAUGAGCUGGCAGCAAAAGUGGAUGAAUAUGCUCGUGGGCUGAUCAGUGGCUCUGGGUCAACACUCUUUGAAGAACUUGGGCUUUAUUACAUUGGUCCUGUUGAUGGCCAUAACGUUAAUGAUCUUAUAUCUAUUCUUAAAGAAGUCAAGAGCACGAAGACCACUGGCCCGGUUCUAAUCCAUGUUAUUACUGAGAAGGGCAGAGGCUAUCCUUAUGCUGAAAAAGCCGCAGACAAGUACCACGGAGUGGUGAAAUUUGAUCCUGCAUCAGGAAAACAAUUCAAAACAAGUGCCAAGACACAGUCAUACACAACAUACUUUGCAGAGGCUUUGGUUGCAGAAGCAGAAGCAGAUAAAGACAUUGUAGCAAUCCAUGCGGCCAUGGGGGGUGGGACUGGUUUGAAUCUUUUCCUUCGCCGCUUCCCAACACGGUGCUUUGAUGUUGGGAUAGCUGAACAGCACGCAGUGACUUUUGCUGCUGGGUUGGCCUGUGAAGGCCUUAAGCCUUUCUGUGCAAUUUAUUCAUCUUUCAUGCAAAGAGCUUAUGACCAGGUAGUGCAUGAUGUGGAUUUGCAGAAGCUGCCGGUCAGGUUUGCAAUGGACAGGGCGGGUUUGGUAGGAGCUGAUGGGCCCACACAUUGUGGUGCUUUUGAUGUCACCUUUAUGGCAUGUCUUCCAAACAUGGUAGUGAUGGCUCCUUCUGAUGAGGCCCAGCUGUUUCAUAUGGUAGCAACAGCUGCAGCCAUAGAUGACCGCCCUAGCUGUUUCAGGUAUCCAAGAGGGAAUGGAGUGGGUGUGAAGUUGCCACCUGGAAACAAGGGCACUCCUCUUGAGGUUGGUAGAGGCCAAGUAUUGAUUGAAGGAGAGCGAGUGGCACUCUUGGGAUAUGGGACAGCGGUGCAGAACUGUUUGUCUGCCGCUGCUUUAUUGGAAGCUCGUGGUUUACAGGUAACUGUUGCAGAUGCACGGUUUUGCAAGCCGCUGGACCAUGCCCUUAUCCGCAGUUUGGCGAAGUCACACGAGGUGCUGAUAACUGUGGAAGAGGGAUCAAUUGGGGGAUUCGGAUCCCAUGUGGCUCAUUUCAUGGCUCUAGAUGGUCUCCUUGAUGGUAAUUUAAAGUGGAGACCUCUGGUUCUGCCGGAUCGAUAUAUUGAGCAUGGAGCUCCUGCAGACCAAUUGGAACAAGCUGGUCUCACUCAAUCCCAUAUCGCGGCAACAGUGUUUAGCAUUCUGGGACGAGCAAGAGAGGCCCUGGAGAUCAUGUCAUAGUGAUAAAUAAAGUCUGUAAAAUUAUGACUUGGGGUAUAAAUGUUGUGCGUAUAUAUUCAUUAUGGUUACUGUAAAAUUAAAACUGCAGAUAUAUAUCUACACAUAGAACAUUAACUCUGCUCGCCACUCCUUGAAUGUAUUGGAAUUUGGAAAAUCAAUUAACCAUCAAAUCUCUGGUUGGGAGGUUGGGGAUUAUUUUGAUUCAGUAGUUAUAAGAGACAUUUAUAAGUUCUUUCCCGGAUGUUUUAUGUGAACUUUUAAAGAUUUGACCAAAUAUAAUAUGA